AUGAAAACAAAUCCAUUCUAAUGCUUUGAAGAUUAAUUUCCGAUAUACGUUUCUUUUCUAACUAACACUGAGUUUAAUCUUGUUAACUAUGUUAAUCCAGAUAUCAUAGCAGUAGGAGUCACUACAGAUCGUACUUUAUCUGGUUCUAAGACAUAUCAGACUUUGGUAAUUGGAAAAUUUCUUAAUACUGGGUACAUGAAGUGGCUUAAAAUCAUUAAAGACAAUACAGCUGAACCUGUGUCAAUGGAUUCAACAUCUAGCAAUACUUAUUUACUUGUUACUGAUAAUGAGGGUUCAUCUUUAAUUAUUUUAGACAGUGAUGGUAAUAUCUAGAAUACUUUAAGAAUAAACGAAUUAUCUUUGGAUAUUUCUCUUAGAUUUGAAGCAUAAGAUGCCGUUGGUUAUGAUAGUAAGACCUCAUCUGUAUUCAUUUUGUAUACAUAAACAACUUAAAAGCCUGCAGCAAAGUAUUCACGAGUUGCACUACUUCAAAUAACUUUCAACAAAUGGCCUUCUACUUAUAACACGAAAAAUAUGUUUAUUCAAUUAUACUAUACUCCUAAUUCAAGAGGUCACAAUUUCAGAAUACAUAGGGAAAAUAGAUUAUCAAUGUCAAUCGAGUUUGACUAAAAUCCUGAUCCAUCUUCAACAACUAGAGAAAUAGCUGUAAUUACAAUUGAUUAAAAAACUGCAGGAUUUAAAAAUGGUGAAUCGUUUUUCGCUUCAUUUUUUCCUGAUUAUUAUGACUAUAAAGUUAAGUAAUUUGAUGCUGUAUCUCCAAGUCGUGGAUCAGGUGCUGCAUAGAAUUAUGUUUUCAUUCUUAAAAGAGUUUCAGAUUCAAACAAACUAGCUCCUUAACAUUUAUUUCUGAAAUUUACUGAAUCAUCUUGCUUGACUUAUGAAAUCUCAGAUGAAGCAGCUUUAUUCUACAAUAUGUAAAUAUUGGAAGACAAUGAUCAUAUGAUAGGCUUAAUGCAAUCUGGUGAUAGCUAUUAUUAUUACAUUUUCAGUUUUAAAACUGGAAUUUACAAGUAUUAACUAUUAACUGAAUAUUAGUACAAAAGUGUCUCAAUGGUUGCAUAUUCUGACAGGGUUAUAGAUAUAACAAAAGUAUCCAAUGUGAGAGUAUUUUCAGUAGGCUAUGCUGAGAAAGACUAUAGCUUUAAUCAAACAAAUGAUUACCAAGAUUUUGUCAAAACAGCAUUUAUAUUUGAUCAUACAUAGCCUGGUAAAUAUUGCUAUUCUAAUACUUUACAAACUUUGAAUGGAAAAGAUACUUUUCCAGCAGUAAAAAACGAUAAGAUUAAAUCUAAUGGAGGACUAAAUGUUAAAUUACCUCACUGGCUAUUUGUGAUUUUAGAUUUGUUCAUAUCAUUUGCAAGUUCAUCUACAAUAGUUGAAGUUUAAAAUUUUGAAAUUUAUCUUAGAACUCAAUACCCCUGCAAUCCUGCUCGUACUUUACUAUUCCCUUAAUAACAAAAUAUCGAUUUAUACUUCAAAGAUAAUCUAACAGCUGUAUUAGAGUUUGAUACCUUUUGGAUUGACUAAACUGUCUGCUAAAAUGAUUAUUUGUCAGGUUUAAAAUGCACUAUCAAUAGUCAAGGAGUACCUGUAGUACUUUCAAAAUUGACUCCCUUUACUCAGGAUGAAAUUGAUGAUGAUUAUCAAGAUAUAGUUACUUAUAAUAAUACUAUGAAAAUGCUUUCGAUAUAAACAUUUGACACUGAGAAAUUAAAUAAAUAAAGUUUCACAAUAUAAGUAAAAUUCUCUAACAGUUCUGUAUUACUGGCGAAAAUUAAAAUUACAAUAAAUUUGGAAGGAUGCAAGUUAUCUAAUCUUUAGCCAUCUGGACCAGUUGAUAUUUACUACUAUUUAGGUUCUUCAUUUAAGCCUUUAAAGAUCAAUAAUUGGAUAACACCUUGCAAAAAUUUUACAAUUGAUAUAUAUUUGGUCUUUAAAAUUCAAGGUUAAAUAGCUCUUUUACCAAAUUUUAUGCAUUUUGAUAAAAAUACUAAUAUUUUCACACUAUACACAUAGUCAUAAGAACAUUUAUAAACUUACGAACUUGUAAUAAUUGGUUAGAUUUUAUAUCAAGAGCCAAGCUAUCAUUACUUCAAAAUCUUCAUAAUAGAAAAGUGCAAACUUAUACCAUCAAAGAUUGACACGCCAAUCACCUAUAAAAUUGGAGAGAAGAAAAAUGUGAUGAUUUUACCAUUUAGAUAGAAAUUCUGCUUAUCAAAUAUUAUUGAGUAUAAACUAGUAUCUUUGAAUGGCUUUCCACCGGAUUUCAUAAAAUUUGAUGAGAUGAGAUUAGAAAUUUUUAAGAACAACUACAGAGUUAAUAGAUUGUAUCAAUUGGCAAUAGUAGGAUCUAUCGAUUAAGAUGAUGUCUCUAAUUUUGUGUAGUUUUCAGUUAUGAUUAUGUUUCCAAAAAAUGUAUUAUCCUUGAUUGAAAACCCUAAGAAUGAAACAAAAAUAGACUAGAAUUACUAUAACUUAAAGGCAGAAAUAACAUCUAUAGGGUAAUCUGGCUAGGUAAAUGUGCGAUUUAUGCCAUUUAUUAAGUAUCUUCUCUCAAAUAUCACUGAGAAUAAUUCUAGUUUUAAACUGAACAUUUCAAAAUAUGAUGAUGAAUAAAAUACUUACACCUAUCUAGCCUAAAGCUAAUUUAACUGGACAAUAAUAAUGCUCAAUUCAGAGAAGAUGAUGCUAUAAUUAGACUUCUCAGAUGAAAUUCAAAUUUCCUAUGGGCUGUUUGUAAUGCAAAAAGAACAAAAGCAUGAAAAUGACAUUCCCACAAUACUGUCAAAAUGUCAAUCUAAUGCAAUGAGGAUACCAAGAUAACUUAAAAAGGAUAAUAUGCCAGCAAAUGGAAAGUUUCUUUUUGGGAUAAUUAUAAACAUUUGCAACUUCAAUGUCCUUCCAACUGGUGAAUUGAUAGAUUAUAUAUUCUAGUUUAAUUCACAAGACUCUUUCAGCUUCAAUUUUUUGGACAUGGAUAUCUUUUAAGCUUUUAAAUACUUUUGCAAAUCUUAACUAAUUAGAACGGUAUUCAAGUAUGAUGGUACCCUAGAAUUUGUAGUCUAUACAAAUCCUACUUCAUUCAAUGAGGGAUUCUCCUUAUUUUUAGCCUACCUUUUCAUUGUAGUUUCAAUAUGGUUCAUUGCAUUUAAUAUGACAUUUCAGCUAAUCGAAAGAAAAGAUUACAAUAAUCCUGAAGUGAUUAGCAAAUUUGGUUCACUUUAUGAAGAUUUUUAGUCAAAUCACAAAAUUCAAAGAUGCUACUACUUGAUAUUUCUAAUGAGAAGGACUGUAUUGUGUUUACUAUUUUUAUUUGUAGAAAAUGGAUAUCUUUAAAUGGCUAUGAAUAUUUUUCUAUCAAUGAUUACAAUCUGCUAUCUUAUCGAUAUCAAACCUUAUCUUGAAAGGAAAUAGAACUAUUUAGAGAUUUUCAAUGAAAUAGGAAUACUUUUGAUAACCUAUUUUUAACUAUAUUUCAUUGACGGGAUGUAGAAUAAAGAUAUUGAUACUGACUAUAAUAUCGGUUAUUUAAUCAUAUCACUAACAUUGAUAUGUCUGUUGAUUAAUACUGGAGUAUCACUCUAUGUUACAUUUAAUCCAAUUUUUAUCUAUGCUAGAGCUAGAUCAGGUCUCUCAUGCUGUAAACCUAAAAAUAAUUAAAACUCAUAGGAUCAUUAAAAGUAGUAUUAAAUAGACUUAACUUUUGAUUCUACCUUUGAUGGAGCCUUAGAGAUAGAUUAUUCAAAGAAGAACAAAAAGACUAAGAGUAAAAAGGGAUUUCCAAAGUUGAAAAAAUAAAAAUCAAAGUUUCAUGAUAAACACAAUUAAAAGAUGUAGCUAAAAUAAAUUAACAAUUUUGAUCGUGAUUUUCAGAGAAAUGAAAAGCUAAUUAAAUAAUCUUUAGCUUAUUUUGAUAUGCCAAGAAAAUCACUGUUUGAAGAAAAUGUAAUUAUUGGUGGUAACAAAAAAGAGAAAUAGUAAUUCGUAGAAGAAGAUAGACAUGUAUAUGUUGAAUUUUUGAGCAGAUAAAAUAAAGCAUCAGAGAAUAAUAUAUUUUCGGAUAUGGUUUUAUCUAAAGAAAAAGAAUUAAAAGCUCUAUAAGAUAAAGAAUCUAAUCAAGCUAGCUCAAUCAAAAAUAAAGCCUACGAAUAAUAGCUUCCUAUUGUUCUUGAAACUUAUGAUCCAAUAAUUUAGGAAUUUGAUGAUUUAAUCUAGCAACACAAAAACUUUGAAAAAAGUAAAUAAGAAACAAGACUUGAAAUUGAUGGAUUAAAUAUUAAAUAAUGA